AUGGUUUUCAUAUUUAACAUAAAUGAGAGAGCUCUAAAUAAGAAUGCACACUUCACAUUUACUCUGCUAUCAUUAUCUCAAACCAUAAAAAACAUAUUCAUAAUUUUGAUAACAAGAAUUGACCCUGUACUCCAGACCCCCAUGUAUAUCUUUCUUAACAAUUUUUCCCUUUUAGAAAUCUGUUAUGUAACAGUUACUAUUCCAAGAAUGCUCAUGAAUCUUUUGACCCAGAAAGGAAACAUUUCUUUGGUUGCUUGUGCUGCACAAAUGUGCUUUGUCCUUAUGUUUGGAGGCUCAGAGUGUCUCUUCCUGACAGCAAUGGCCUAUGACCUCUAUGUGGCUAUUUGUAACCCUCUGCCCUACCCACUGGUUAUGAAUCACAAAGUCUAUGUCCAGUUGGCCAUUGCUGCCUGGGUUGUUGCAGUUCCAGCCAUAAUUGGACAAACAUGUCAGAUUUGUUCUCUGCUCUUCUGUGGUUCUUACAUAAUUUAUCAUUUAUUCUGUGACUUCCCCCCAAUUCUCAAGCUUGCUUGUGGGGACACAUUUCUGAAUGAGAUCACAGUUUAUGUAGUUACAAUGGUAUUUAUUAUGGUUCCAUAUCUGUUGACCAUUGUUUCCUAUGGCAAAAUUAUUGCCAACAUUCUCAAAAUAUCAUCAGCCAGCGGGAAGGCAAAAGCCUUCUACACCUGUUCUUCUCACCUGAUAGUUGUGGUCUUAUUCUAUGGAACAGCUAUUAUCACUCAUUUGCAACCCAAAACAAAUCAAUCAGAAGGAAAUGGAAAAGUGAUCUCUCUUUUCUACAUGUAG